UCGAAUAUCUCAUUCAGUUUUUGAGUCUUGCUAAAUUCAUACGUUUUCAUUCGUUUCGUUUUCUAUAUUUAAAAAAAAAAUCAUCAAAAUUCUCCAAAAAAAUAGUAGUAAAUUUUGUCCGAAUCCGUUCUGCUCUUUUUUUUGUUGUUCUAUCAUUCUGUGUGAACCUUCCAAAAAAAGAAUAGAAAAGAAACGUGAAUAACGGAAAUCGGAAUUAUCAUUAAAUUUUGGAGAUACGUAAGAGAAGCAAGAUAACGGUAGCCAAGGGCAAACAUUGCGAGAAGGAAAGGAGUAAAUAGACGAAAAAACUGAUAACAAUCCCAUAGCCAAGAUGUCCGAAAACAUUGUGUGCCACAAGUGCAAAGAGGCCAUCACCAAGCGAAUGAUCACCGCGCUGGGCAAGACGUGGCAUCCGGAGCACUUCCUGUGCCGCCACUGCGAGGAGCAGAUCGUGGACGCCACCUUCAACAUCCAGAGCGGAGAGCCGGUGUGCAACAAGUGCUUCGUGGAGCGGUACACCAACACCUGUGCCGGCUGCAAGAAGCCCAUCCUGGAGCGGACUAUCUGCGCCAUGGGCGAAAGUUGGCACGAGAAUUGCUUCUGUUGCGGCGGGGCCUGCAAGAAACCGCUGGCCAAUCAGUCCUUUUACGAGAAGGACGGCAAGGCCUACUGCAAGCAGGACUACGAGGACCUUUUCGCCGCCAGGUGUGCCAAAUGCGAGAAGCCCAUCACGGAUUCGGCGGUGGUGGCCAUGAAUGUGAAGUGGCAUCGCGAUUGCUUCCGCUGCAACAAGUGCGAGAACCCCAUCACCACACAAACCUUCACCAUCGACGGGGACAAGCCGGUCUGCCCCGCCUGCCAUUGCUGAUGUCCUCCAGGAUGUCCACGUAUACCCCACCUCGGCACCAAAUUGUUCAGAGUUAGCCGUUCGUUUCCACACAAUAUUUAUGAUUGUAACCGAAUGAGGCAUUAUAAAGCACACUGCAAAGACACAGUCCAAACAAAACAACGCUCUACCAAAUACAAGACAACUUAAAAUAAA